AUGGGCCGCGAUAGCGCGGAUUUGGAGGGAAGCAGCCUGGUCUCAACUCUUUCCGAGCAAUCCUUGAACGACCGGGGCACAGUUACUCCUCCGCCCCUAGGCGAUAAUACAUCAUUACUGCUAUCACCCCAAACCAUUAUGGCUGCAACAUUAACUCCCGAUGCCAAUACCGAAUCUCCUCUAUAUGCUUCAACCAGCGAGUCGCUGUGGACAGACCUGGAUCUUCAACUCAGCUCUGAAAGCCUUUCCUUUCUGGAUGAGGUAUUCAUGCAAGGCUUUGCUCCAUCGGAAUCAAUUGCCAAUAUAAAUGAUCAGUCAAACAACUGCUCAAGAAAUGCCAACGAGAUUAUGGAAGGGGCGAUGGCAAAUCAAAAUCCUUACGAACUCCAAGGAAUUGACUCCGGCACCUUAGAGGCAGCUCUCACCGGGUACUUUGAUUUCGCAUCUCUAGUUCUCCCCAUCAUUCACAGGGAUGCGUUUAUGGCAGACUAUGAGAGCCGUCAAAGUAGCUCCGCUCUCGUUUUUGCAGUUGCGUGUCGAGGUUGUCCCUUCAUUUCCGUGCCGGACAAGUGGAAAUUGCAGCAGCAGUUUGCCUGUGGCUUCAGGUUGGCAUUCCUUGAAGCGCAAAAUGAUGCACCAUCUAAGCAAACCAUUAAACUCGAUGAACUUGAAGCACUAGUACUCAUGGUUGACUUUACCUACGAAUCAGAUGGGAACACUGCUACCGCCCUUCACUCACAACUUGGCGCCUUGUUCCUGACACACGAAUCUCUUGUCCUAAUGACGCUGCAGUACCGAAUUCUAUCCCCUCCAGCGCUCCAAAGAGCUGCGGAGCGCAAAGCCCUUCUACUAUGGCACGUUUACGGGCUGGAUGCAUUCUACUGUCUGGAUCACGGGGUAAUGUCUCGGAUACAAGAAGAGGACAUUGAGGACGUAAAAUCUACCGGAAGCUUUACUGGACAUGAGACGAGGAGCUAUCUUGAUACCAUGCUCUCAUUGGCCUCUAUUGCUCGAAGGAUAACACGCAAAAUCUGCAGUCCUGGAGCUAAGCGCAAAGGAGUUAAACUCCAGGAUGUUGAAAACCUGUAUGAGCAGCUCUCAAAAUGGGGGCAAGAUUCAUGUCCGUCUCGGCUACGCGUUACAGGGAACAUCAGCUCUGAUCUUGCGGAGCGAAAACGAGAUAGCCAGCCCUCGACCACAGUGAGCACAAAUUUGCUGCACCGGACAGUGAUCUCACUGUUGGAGCUGAAUUGCUACAUGGAAAUUGAGAGGUGCCUGGAUAUUGGCGUUCAAGACCGGGCAUCUGCCGAGGGUGAAGCGCUUGAACUUCGUAUUAGAUACGAGACUUUGAGGGCAGCCAACAAAAUCUACCAGGCAAUAGAAUGCAUGGAAACCGUCAAGGACUGCGGGCAAGUUAUAACAGGGCGAAAUCGGUACUCCCUGGUUGAUCUUUCGCCAGGUAUUCUGCGCAACAUGUGUGCCGGUGCCUCAUACUGGUUUUGUAACCAUGCCCAAAAGCUUUUACAUCAACAAUCAUUGCUUGGAGCUGAGAACUCGGUACACACACAGCAUUGCAAAGACCUAUCCAGACAAAGGGCCGAGGAUUAUCUGAACAAAGCGACCAAGCUACGGGAUACCGCGGCAACAGCUGUCUCGCAUAUGGACACCGCGGAGGUUGUCAGUCGGGUGAACGAACAGCUAGAAGUUUUGAAGGUGUUGGUUUCACAGUCUUAA